UGAAUCGGCAUCGCAGCCUCACUUGGUCGGUGGACGUCGCGCAAGGUGAACGCGUUUUUCUCUGCUUCCGGUUUUCGCGUCUGGCAGGAUUAAAUCCCUCCACCCUUGGACAGUGUGUCUGUGUGUAUCGGUUAGUGUGUUUUUUUUUGGUGGGGCGGCUCUUUGUGAGGCUGGGCCUUCCAGGAAUAAUAACAGGGCAUCAUUCCCUCCCCGAUACACCCCGGCUUUGCAUAUCCGCUCGUUUAUCCCCCGGAUGCCGUUGGAAUGCGCCUACUUCGUGGCAGUGAUUCAGAUUCGGUCACCUGUUGAAACGACGACGUUCGGCUGUUUUGCGUAGUGACGGGCAAGCUGCAUCUAGUUGACCGUGGAAAGUUCUUGCGGAGAUUUGGGCCACCGCCUGCUUUGUCAGGGGUCCGCACAAAGGAUCAAAGCAAUAUCCCCAAUUUUGGACCGACAACGUGUGUGCUGAUAUCGAGACUAGACGAGUGAGAGAUUAUUUAUUUAAACGGGUCGUGUCGUGGUGGCCAUAGGCCCGCCGGGAUGAUGCGUUGAAUAACGGAAAGGGAAAUACCGCACAACCAGUACACAACAGUUGUAGCCGUCUAUUCAAGUUUUCCGCGUUGAAGGUUGCUCGCUGCACGGCAGUUCCAAGAGAAUAUAAAUAAAUACCAAGUUGAUGUUGAAAUUUAGAGUAAAUAUUUUCUGUGCAAACUCUGUGUACCGGCAGUACCCAUUGCCUGUAGAAUACCGCCUAGUGAUACUUGCAAAGUGAAUUCAUGAAUAAUCAUAAUAAUUGUUGCGAAAAAAAGUGUAUCUGAGCAACAUUUUUGAUCCUAGCAGCACAUCGUUCAAUCCCCUUCGCUGCAAGUAACCCAGAAAACACGUGCUGAGGUGCGUUUCUUCAUGUGAAUCGUGAGCAGCUAGCUCGCACAAGGCAUGCUUCGAUGGUGUUUAAAACCGCGUUAUCAGUGUUUAGAUUAGUCUCGUGUGUAAAAGUGGGAAAAAUCACUAAUGAUUCAAUGUAAUUGCCGGCUGCGGUUAGCCAGUGUAAAUAGAUCUUUAUCCAGUGUGUUUGUAGUGCGGUUGCUACUACUGCUGCUGCCUGUGGUUUCAAAGUGAGUGUGAGAAUCAGCGGAAAAAGUGAUCUGGUUAUUGGCUUUGGUUAGCCGAUUGUGUUGAGUUAAUCGGGAGAAUAGUGCUACCGUUUCGGAGGGUAUAAUUGGAGAUCUCGCAGUAGAUCUGAUAGAAACUUGGCUCUAGUUGAACGUGGAAAGCAUCGACUCACAGCUCGGUUCAAGGUCAACCGGAGAACAAGCAAAAAACGGAUUAUACAGCCUUGCUUCGAGGUUUUGUCCGACUUUUGAAUGAAGGUACGGAACUGUGAAUCGGACGAUUUCUACAGGGGAAAUGGAGGUCUUGCACAUAUUGAAGAAAUCGACGGCAAAAAUAGGACCAGCAAAGGACGUCAAUAAAAGCCCAUCAAUUUGUUGAUUGGUUUUUCGGAAAUAAGCGGCGAGACAACAUUUGAGAUUGGAUUCCAUCUGCCGGAAAGCACAAAGCAAAAGGAACUACGGCACAACGUCCAAGCAGCAACAACCAUCGGACCUAACUGUAAGCACACCGCUCGUCCCGUAGGAAACCCACCACGCACCGAUUUCAAGGUAGAGGCGAGGGAGAUACUGAGCCAUGACAUCGCCUCUUCCCCUGCUGCGUUCGUUCUCGACCGAAAACCAGAACCGAGACUGGUGCAAGCGAUUCUCGCUGCGAGUCAACCGGAAGGCUGCCAACAACGGAACCACCGCCGAUGGAAAGCUGGACUUUGCCACUCUGCGCAAAAACAAAUUCGCCCGCCGCUGUUCAUCCCUGCGGCAGCAACCUUCCGGUCCGGAGCUGCAGACCACAUCGAGCGUGACAUUGGAGCUGGAAAGUGCCAGCCCGGCCCAAUCGAUGACCAUCCACGAGCAAAGUGCGGCCCCCUCCAACAACAACAACAGCACCAGUUCCCCCAAGAAGCCCAAGUGGGAGGUGAUUGAGCACUUCAAGAGCACCGGCCGGGGACAGGAGUCGAUCAGCAGCAGCCUUAUUGCGGCGGGUGUGACGGCAUUCAACCUCGACGAUACCACGUCCAACUACUCUGGGACGGCUUCGCUGCGGAAGAAGAGCUUCCAGAUCUACGGUGCUGCAGCGCCGGACGAACUCGAACCGUUGAACAAUGGCAACCAUGGCGGCGGAAAUGGAACGGGAAGUGGGGUGGAGGGAAUUUGCGACACCUCCCGCUGCUGGAAUCACAUCAAAUGUCUAUUCAAUGGCAUCAUCUGUUCGCAUAAAUUUAAGAAUGUUCAGGUGGAAAUGCUGUAUCAGCGUUACUUUCUCCGCAUGAACCAGAGCAAUACGGUGCACAUCGUGUGGCUACUACUAGCGUUAAUUUUCAUCCUAGCAUUAAUACAUCUCGUGUUCACCUUCAUCCUGCAGCAGUCGCUAGAAAGUUGCCCCGGCUACGCCACCGAUCCUUUAGACCACGGAGGUUGGAACACUUCAUCGUCGGUGCCACCGAUUUUACCAACGACAUCAGCGGAAGUGGAAGCGACGUUGUCCAAGGCGUCGUCCUUGGGAUUAUCACAAACGGCGGCGGCCGAACGAUUUCCGGUCCGUCUGCUGUUCAACGAGAGCUUUCCCGACAAGGGUGGUGGGGGUGGUCUAAGUGAGGACAGUCCUACCCCCGGUGAUAAUGGGUUCAAUGUGAGAGAUUCCAUUGUGGGGCACGGGGCAAGAAUCCGAAGAAGCGCAAGGACACCGUCGUCGUCGUCGUCAAUUGUGAGUGAAAGUGUGAUCGAAGAAGAGAGCCCCAAGCGAAGGUUGAAAGUUCGAACAAGUGAAAGUUUCUGGAGCAAAUUGCUUCCUGCCACAGCCACAGAUGCUGGGGGGUUAGAAAGUGUUUCGAAAGGUGGCGGCGGUCGUAAUGAUAAUGUUCGGUCUGGUGGAGUAAUUAAUCAUGCGAUCGAGCGUGUGCAGAGGAAUAGUAAUCGAGUGAGGAGGAGCCUUUCCGGAGGAGGAGGUGAUAACGAAGGCAAUCAGUUGUUAGAGGCAGUGGUGAAGAACCCGGCGAAUGGGAAACAGAGGAAAGGACCAGGCUCCAUUAACGACCGCCAUAACGGGGGUGAUAACGACGUUAUCAACACGGCCUACGACAAAUAUGACGGGGAGGACGACUUCGGUUCCGUUGACAUCGAGGCGAACAAGGACAACGACACCUUUGCCGGUAGAGCUGCCGCCACUCCACAGACUCCGCAAUUUGAUUUGUCCUUGUCGCUUUCGUCGUCGUCGUCGUUUGACAAUCGCUCCACCGAGGGCGCUGAUUCCGAUGAUGGCGUUGAUGAGCUAGGGCUGUGCAGCCGGGACUACUUCACCCUGCUGAAGGACAACAUGACACAGCUGAUCCUGAUUGGGGUUUGUGCCGCGGUGUACGCCCUUUUGCUGGCCUGUCUCUACAAGCAGCGCAUCAACGAAAUCUACCUGUUCCAGGUGUCGUACGUCGUGAUGGUGACACUGCUGGCGUUGGACGUUUGCUUCAGCUUUACCACCUCGGCCAAAAAGUUCACAUCGUCCGGCGGAUGCACCGUGAUUGCGAUCUACAUCAUCUACACCAUGCUGCCGAUUCGGUUGCGGGAGGCGAUCGUCGGCGGGACGCUGCUCUCCCUAUCGCACGUGCUGCUGACCUUCUUCAUGAACGACUCGGACGACGACCACGAGGUGCUCUACUCGGACCUCAUCACCCUGGCCUGUACAAACGCCACCGGAAUCCUGCUGCACUGGCCCAAGGAGCGAUCGCAACGGAACGCCUUCAUGGAAACCCGCCAGUGCGUCGAAGCUCGGCUACGAAUUCAGAGAGAAAAUCAAAAACAAGAACAGCUGCUUCUGUCCGUACUUCCACGACACGUGGCCAUGGAGAUGAAGAACGACAUUGCCGGACAACCACGGGAGGAAGCCCAGUUCCACAAGAUCUACAUCCAACGGCACGAGAACGUGAGUAUACUGUUUGCGGACAUUUGCGGCUUUACGAGUUUAUCGGAUCAGUGUACGGCGGAGGAACUGGUGAGGCUGUUGAACGAGCUGUUCGCGCGGUUCGAUAGACUAGCUCAGGAGCACCACUGUCUGAGAAUUAAGCUUCUUGGGGAUUGCUACUAUUGUGUGUCGGGUCUGCCGGAAGCGAGGCCUGAUCAUGCGAUCUGCUCAGUAGAGAUGGGACUGGACAUGAUCGAUGCCAUUGCGUUGGUUCGUGAAGUGAUGGCCGUGAAUGUGAACAUGAGAGUAGGGAUCCACACGGGGAGGGUCCACUGUGGAGUGCUGGGAUCGAGAAAGUGGCAGUUUGACGUGUGGUCUAACGAUGUGACACUGGCGAACUACAUGGAGAGUGGAGGUGUUCCGGGCAGAGUUCACAUCACCAAAGAAACUCUGAAAAGCCUGGGUGAUCAUUACGAGGUGGAAGAGGGCAAAGGAGCCGAUCGUAACAAUUAUCUUAAGGAUCAUCAAAUCCAAACCUAUCUGAUAGUUCCUAAGGAGUCGUACAGAGCGCAUACCAUGUCCAAGCAGUCGUCUUCCGUCAACGGGAACAUUUCCAAGGAACUCCGUAUGAUGGGUCAUUGGUCCAAGAUGGGUUUCAACGACAAACAGGAACCCAAGAGCACCGAAGAAGAGGUGAACGAGUAUCUGAUCAAAGCGAUCGAUGCGCGGUCGAUUGAUCGUUUACGGCUGGAUCACUGCAAGCGCUUCCAUUUGACCUUCAUCAAGGAAGACAUCGAGCGGAAGUACUGCCGGGAGCCAGAUCCAAUGCUGAAUGUGUACUUUUACAGCAGCAUUAUCAUCUUCCUUGGGAUCAUGUCGAUCCAGGUGCUGGUUUUUCCUAUGGACCACUACACCUAUUGGGUGUAUGGUGUACUAACUGUGAUGCUACUAGUUUCCUGUGUUCCAGUCUUCUCCAGAGAAGAUACAAAAAUUUCCAACUUCUUCCGGGUGAUGUCGCAGAAGAUCCAUGGCCGUCGGGAGGUCGCUCAAGUGAUAUCGUUAUGCGUUGUCGUUACUGUGAUAUGUUUGUCUUACUAUAAACUGACUUUUAUUCUCUAUCUAUCGCUUUCGGAGGAAUAUUUUCUGCAGUGGCCUAAUCAGUGUAAUGAAACGAAAACUUUUAAUAUUCUGCUACUACUGACCUUGCUUGCCUUACUUACUUGUGCGGUGCAUCAGUUUAUCAAGAUCAUUUUUAAGAUCAUUCUGCUGGUGGCCAUCCUGAUGUGCUACGUUGCCUCUAUCGUGGUAUUGGCGUUAAUCUUCGACCGCCAUUGUGAGCCGUGGUUCCUCACGACGGAGCGUUUCCUAAUCGACGUCGCCUUUCUGGUGGUGUUCGUAAUUGGCCAAAUUAUGCACAGCCAGCAGACGGAGAUUACGCGUCGGCUGGAUUUCAUCUGGAAGCUGCAGGCCACCGAGGAGAAGGAGGACAUGGAACACCUGCAGGCGUACAACCGGAAGCUGUUGGCCAACAUUCUGCCGGUGCACGUGGCGGACCAUUUCCUGCGCCGCGAAAAGAACAUCGAGGAAAUCUACCACGAGCAGUGCGACAAGGCGUGCGUCAUGUUCGCGUCGAUUCCGAACUUCAGCGAAUUCUACAUCGAACUGGAGGGAAACAACGAAGGCGUCGAGUGCCUACGGUUGCUCAACGAAAUCAUCGUCGACUUUGACGAACUACUGGCACAAGAUCGGUUUCGGCAUGUGGAGAAAAUCAAAACUACCGGAUCGACCUACAUGGCUGCGUCCGGACUGACGUUGAACAGUGGAGAUACGGCGGCGAUAGCGGAGUCCGGCCACGUUACGGCCAUGCUGGAUUAUGCGCUGGAGCUGUUCCAGAAGAUCACCGACGUCAACGAGCAUUCCUUUAAUAAUUUUAGGAUGAGAAUAGGUAUCAACAUAGGACCGGUGGUGGCCGGAGUGAUCGGCACCCGUAAGCCCCAGUACGACAUCUGGGGCAAUGCGGUGAAUGUGGCCUCGAGAAUGGACUCCACAGGGGUGAUGGACCACAUUCAGGUCACCGAGGACGUGUACGAAAUCGUCAAGGACAAAGGCUACAAUCUGACGUGCAGGGGGACAAUCAACGUGAAGGGCAAGGGCACGAUGGUGACCUAUCUGAUGCCGGGCAUUGUCAAGGAGCAGAACUAGAAUGUUUGUAGGGGGAGAAUGUGCACAAAUUUGUUGACAUUAUUAGCUUAAGUUUUUCCAGUAUUUUAUUUUAAUGUAGCCGUGUUGCCAGUUUGUUCGAGAUUUAUAUUCAUCGAAAUCGAAUGCGUAUGGUAAGACAUAUCAAGAGUAUUAUUUUCACAGUAGCUUGAAGACGUUAGAGAAAGUAAGAGAUGUUUGUAGCUUCCAGAGGCAGAUACUAUUAGGAUCAUUGUUGUAUUGGACGUUUGUGUCCAUAUAGAAAAGUUUCGUACUGAGUAA